AUGGAAUAUCAAUUGAUAGAAUUAGUAAAAGCCAAUCCAAUUCUUUACGAUAGGAAAUAUCGAAAUCCUCGUUAUAGGGAAGAGAAGAUGGAAAAAUGGGCAGAGGUGGCUCUGCAAUUGAGAAGAGACCCCAGCACAAUUCGCAUACGAUGGAAAACCUUAAGGGACACGUACAUCAGAGAACGGCAGCGAAAACAAAGGGAAGCCGAAAAGGAUGAAUCGGAACGUUCACACUACACCUGGAAGUAUUAUCAUCAUUUGGAAUUUUUGAAUAGUCAACUCCGAGAGUCAUCAAAUUCCAAUAAAAUAGAGCAAGGAGAACCAGAAUUUGCUCAAUAUAUUCAGGAGACCACUACCUACAACGAUGAAGAGGAAGAACACGAUAUCGAAUAUGAAGCUGAGAAUUUCGAUUUAAACGAGUACAUAAAAAAAAUUGACAAUUCUACAGCGACGGUAACAAAUCUGAGUAAAAUUGGUACAUCGGAAGAAAUGAACAAAAAGCGAAAAAUUGACAAGGAUGCCAUUAUAAAUGAAGCAUGUCAAGAGAUUUCGUCAUUGCUGAAAAAUGCCAAACAACGAUUUACACCACCAUCUCCCAAUCAAGUUUUCUUCAAUGCCAUGGCGUUGCAAGUGGAAGAGGCCAAAUUAUCGCCCAUCGAUUUAAUGCGCCUGCAACAACGACUUCUUGAAGUCGUUACCCAAGAGCUGGUUAUGUAUCAAGAUAAGACAUAUACUUCUUAA